AUCAGGAUACGAAUUUCAAAAAAUCUUGUACGCAGUAGGAACGCGAAUUCGCUGCACGUUGCAGCCGAGAACAAUUCGAAGGUGCACACCAUCAAAACACAUGCCGCUGCAGCUUGCCGAGUGUUUCCAAAUGACUCUCUUCUGUCAUGGCUUGUUGUUGCCCAUGCGCUUGGCUUGUCGUGGAAAGUGGAGUGCGCACAAGCGUGCAUUUAGCUGUUGCUGGAGGAAGCCAAACCAGCCUCAGCGUUUCUGCUCCAGUUCUUCUCCUUUCACACCAGACUGCCAUAGCCGAAGCACGAAGCAUUCGUCUUUGCAGGCUGACCAAGAACCACACACUCCAGUUCUGCUGAAAGAAGUACUGCAGUACAUGGACAUUAAACCAGGCCAGGUUGUCUUAGAUAUGACCUUUGGGGCUGGAGGUCACAGCAAGGCCAUCCUGAGAUCUGUGCCAGGUGUGACCUUGGUGGCGGUGGAUCGUGAUCCUGUGGCAUUUGGCUUUGCACAGCAGCUAGCAGAGGAAUACCCGGGCCAAGUCAAGCCUGUUCUUGGGCGUUUCAGUGAAUUAAAGGAUCUCUUCAUCGAGCUCGGUUUGGGAAACAGGAGUGUGGAUGCUGCCCUGUUGGAUGCUGGCUGCUCAUCAAUGCAGAUGGACAUGGCAGAGAGGGGCUUUUCUCUCAGCAAGGAUGGCCCUCUGGACAUGAGAAUGGAUGGAGACAGGUACCCCGGCAUGCCCUGCGCGGCUGACGCCGUCAGCGCUUUAGAUCAGCGGGCGCUUGCGUGUGUGCUGGCUGCGUACGGGGAGGAGCAACACGCCAAGAAAAUCGCGGCGGCCAUCGUGCAGGCACGCAGCCUGUAUCCCAUCAGCCGGACGCAGCAACUGGCCAGCAUUGUCGCAGGUGCGUUCCCUGCUAGCGCUCUUUACGCCCGUCGUGACCGCCUGCAGAGGCCCUCGCAUGUAGCCACUAAAACCUUCCAGGCACUGCGAAUUUUUGUGAACGAUGAGCUGAAUGAGCUUGUAACGGGACUCCAGACGGCUCAGGACUUCCUCCGGCCGGGCGGUUGCCUCUGCAUCCUCACGUUCCACUCGCUAGAGGACCGCAUCGCUAAGCGCUUCCUCAGAGGAGAGGAUCUCAGUGCCCCUCCGAACCGCAGCGUCCGCCAGAGGGCGCGCGCCCAUCUCCAUAGGAAACUAGAAGAAGAGGAAGAUGAAGAUGCAGAGGAGGAGGAAGGAGAUAGGGAGAGUGUCCACUGGGUCAGACUGCAGAGGAAAGUUGUGCUUCCCAGUAAGGAGGAAAUCGAGAAGAAUCCGAGGGGAAGAUCGGCUAAGCUUAGAGCAGCCGUGAGGCGAUAAGUAGAGCUUCUGAUCCUGAACUUUGACACAAGAGAGAGGCUUUCAAUGAGAAGCAUCAGUGAUUAUAGGGUACAUAGAGUACAGAGUACAUACUAGUCUGCUCUUGACAGCAGCCAAACUCUUCAAAGGUCUUCAAUGUGAAAUGGACUUUUGCAGAUCUGUUACAGAAAUUCAGUGGAUAAGAAUCGUAAAUGAUCAUGAAUUAACGUUUGUUAUUUCAAGAAAAAUUGACAAUAUUGUACAAGGUAUGACGCACUGCGGAGUAGGCUUGUAUAAGAACUUCCAUUAUUGUAAUUGCAGUAAUGUAAGUUCGGAUUAACCACACUAUAUUCUUUACAUCUCAAAGCCAU